GAUUAGGACGCCGGGUGCCAUGGAACUUGCGCUUAACGAAGCCGUCGCAGCUCUGCACGGAAGUGUCGCACCUCAGCAACCUCAGCAACCAAGCUCGCCUAUUCCCGAUGCACCGCCCCUAGGUCCAGUUUCGACGCGCUCUUCACCAAGGCUUGAAUCCGCUGUUUCCGGUCCCCCAACAUCUAGUAGCUCGAGUCCUACCGCCGACAAAGCGUCGAAUGGUGACAUUGACAUGGUCGGUGCAGAACCACUGCCGCCUUCUUCCUCCACACUCCCGAACGGUCCCUCCAGCGAGUCCCUUAUACUUCCUAUCGCAUCAUUUUCUUCCUCCACGCCGGUGACGCCUAUAGCAGGUCCUUCGAAGCAACCGCUUUUCUUCGUCUCGCCCGACUCGCCACCCAAUGACUUUGGCGCGGGUCACAGCCUUGCCGGUGGGCUUUCUGACUUUGUGCCGUCUGGUCUCCUAGGCGAUCUACCCCCAACGUCGCCCGAUAAGGGCAAACAACGGCGGUACGGAGUUGAUAGCGACAUCGAGGUUCUUGACCGGCCGCCUACACCCCCAAGUAGUGAGAAGGAGAAACGGGUGCAGGGAGGUAGUGACGUCGAGCUCGUGCAAUCGUCGGAUAUGGGGGAGUUGGCAAAGGCCGGGGCCGGCAGGAGGUGGAAGGCGGAAGUAUACAUUCUUGUGCCAUCACCGUCUGUCGAGCUACAAAGUCUAUGGGGGCGCAUAAAGAAGGGGCCGAGGGUUGUGGGGCGCCGGGUGCUAAGCUCUCCCGAGUCGUCGAAUGAGGAUGUAGACGAAAUCGCUGAGGAUUUUCGAGGUCAGUUUUUUCUCGCUCGGGUAUCGAGUGGAGCUGACAGGAGAGUCGCAGACAACGAAACGCAACGAAAAGAAGGCAUGUGAACACAGCAGUAAAUUACUUGAUUUGCCCGUGAAUAACAAUGCCUGCUUCCUGUAGACGCGGAAGCUAAGGGCGUACAUGAUUUGUGCUACAACCAACUGAACCCUACCCGAUGUCAGUGGGAAGGUUGUGAUGCCGUGCUUGAGUCUGCGAGACGGCUGGGUUUGCAUGCGAAGACGCACGUAGAAGAAUAUGAUGAUACUGCACGUAUACGCUUUUU